AUGAAUAAGAUAAAAGAGUUUUGUAGUGGGUACAUUAAAACUAUACUAUUUGCGAUUGAGUUUAAACCUCGAUUUUAAGUAUUUAAAUCAUUAUUACAAAGUUUCCUCAAGAGUUUUUUAUCAUUCCUCAUCUUUUACAUCAUGUUUAAUUAUUAGCCUUAUUUUUGGAUAGAUCUUCUGAUUAAUAAUUUGAUUAUGUUGUUUUACUAUCCCAUUUCUCUUUGUUUGAACCUAUGUUAACGGAAAGCUUAAGCAAAAUAUUUCUAUUUGUAAUUUUUGCAUUUUAAAUAAUUUUACUAUUUUAUCUACUUAUUGCAACAUUUGAAACUUAAAGAGUAGCUUUAAACUUUAAAUUAAGAUUAAUUUUAGAGAAGAAGAUAGAAUCAGUUAAUUCUAUUUUGCACUGGUACUUUACAUUUUAUAGUGUCUUCACAAUACCAAUAAUUGUAAUUAGUGUUAAAUUUAUGUUAACUGAUUAUUAUUUUUUUGGUUACUUUAACGCAAUUAUCUAAUUCUAUUAAGGAAUAAUACUUAUAUAUUUGUUAAGAAAUCAUAGAUUUGCUGAAAAUAAUUCUUUUAAAAGAAGAUUUGCCUAUGUUUAAUUGUUCAAUUAUACGAUUAGUUUCUUAUUAAUUUUUUUUAGAUUUUAUUCAGAAAUUACAUUUGUUAAAUAUAUAAUUGGAUUUUCUUAUGCAAUUUUGCAAAUAAUUGAUCAAUUUUAUAGUUGCCCAUAUAGAGAUCCUUUUCGAGAGCCAUCUUUAAAAGUAGCAAUGAUAUUAUUGAGCAGUAUGUUCAUAUGCUUACUGUUUUCAUUGGAAACUAUAAUAGAUGGAUAAUUAUUUUGGACUUUAUUUGUGGCUGGAUUAAUGAGUGGUGUAUCAACUUCAAUAAGUUCAUUAUUUCAUGAAUUUGCUAUGACAAAUUAUAAUUCUCGUUUCAAUUUAUAAGAAAAAUAUAUAAUUAUUGGAGUAGAUUAAUUUUAUAGUCACUUUAAUCAUUUUUAAACAAGUGAAUAUAAUAAAUUAACUUACUUUUAAUAAUUGAUAAAACAUAAUGAGAAUUGUUUAAGGCCUAAAUGUCCUUCUUAAAGAUCUAAAUUAUCUAAAAUUAAUUUUAAUGAUAAAAUAUAAUUACAAAAACUAACAAUUGAUGUAGUAAAUUGUAUUUUUAAGACUUGUCAUAGUAGAACUGUAGUAAAAAAUGGUGAAAUUCAUAAACCUAAAUUUGAGCAAUUACAAUUAUAAUACAUUAGUUUUUUAUCUUUAACAGCCUAAAGACCAUUAAUUGGCUAUGUAGAGUUAAGAAGAUAUUAAUAAGAUUAAAAUAGUGAUAAUUCGUUAUAUUUUAGAGAAUUGACAUCAAAAAUUUCUGCUGAGUUGGAAUUUUCAAUUUUAUAUCUUCAAGAAAGAAUGAUUUAAUAGUAAUUUAGAAAGGAAAGAUAUAUUGGAAGAGAAGAAAAAUUAACAAUUGCAUAAUUGUGGAGAAGUGUAAAUUUUUACUAAGAAAUAACUCCUAAAAUAAUAGAUGUGAUAGAAAAGAAAUAAAAGUUUUGGGAUAAUUUAAUUGAAGGUUAUGAUGAUUUAGAACCAUUUCAUAAAGAAUAGCUUUAAUUAUGUAAAUCUAUAGAUGAAUUGUAUAAGAAAAUUAAAUGUAUAAAUUAUGAUAAAUAUUUAAGCCACAAUUGUGAUUCCAGAGGUGUUUUUUGAUAGAUCAAAGGAUAUCAGUUUAUAAACAGUUCUCAAAACAUUGGAUCCAGAAGAUAGAAAUAUUAAUAUUCUAAAUUUGAAAUUAUAUUCUAUUCUAUAUUCAGUUAUAUUGAAUGAUUUUGAUAGAGUAAUAUAUGAUUAUAUUAUUUUAGGCAUUUUAAGCAGAAAAAUAAAUAGAAGAUUUAAUAAAGGAAGAUAGAUAGAAAUCUAUUGAAGUAAUUGAUGAUUGUGCUUUAUUAAAAGAUGAAGCUGUUAUUAUCUUAGUGAGUCUUGUAAAAAAGAAGGGACAUAUUGUGAAUAAGAAUUUGUUAACAUUAGCUAAUUUUUUUGAGUUUUAAAAUGUUUAAGAUAUAGCAGGAGUAUAUAUUUAAUAUAUAUUGAAGUAAACAUAAAUAUCAUCUUUCCUACCACCUGAUUUAAGGACAUUACAUGAUGCAUCCUUGAAUGAUUUUGUUUCAAAGGGAUUUACAAAAUACUCAGUUUAAAGCAUUCAUUCCUUUUAUUUAUAAAAAUAGGGUUAUUUGAGAGAAUGUUACAUUAAAAUGGGAAAUUUAUUUUAAGAUCCAUCUGAUUUUAUAUUAACUGGCUCAGUUCUUAGAUUAUAAACUUCUUAUGAUGUAAUUAUGUUUGAUAGCUAUGGUAAAAUUAUUGGAUGUACUUAAGAUUUUUUUGAAAAAAGAAUUUUACCUAAUAAUCCUAAUUUUACUAUGGAAAGAUUUGUAGAAUAAGGACAUAUUUUUAUGUUGAUGCCAUUUAUUUUAAUAAAUUUAAGAAAACUGGCUAAUGAAAUUGAAACAGAAUUUGUAGAUUAUACUUAUUUUCCAGAAUGUUUAUAAGAUAUCGGUUUAUAAUUUGGAUAAAUUUUUAAUGAUAGAUAAAAAUAUGAUCAAAAAUUAUCAUCCUAUAAUUUAACUACAAUAAAAUCAUAAUUAGCUUCUCAUGCUUCAGCAAUCUCAGCCAGAAGUUAUAAUAAUUAAGAUGAAUAGGUGAAAAUUAAAGGGUUAAAUAUUCCUAUGUUAUAAGUAGAUAAAGUGAAUUUAAUACUUGAUUUUUUAUAGAAAUAUCAUGAUGAAAAAUCUAUUAAAUGUGAUAUUCUUAAAAUCAAAUAUAAUAUAGAAUUUUAAAUAAUGGAAACAAAAAAAGAGAGAUAUCCUUAUUUUAUUCUAAAAUCAGAACCUCUAAGUGAAUUUGAAAGAUCUGAUUCAAGUUCAAUCAUACCUUAUAAAAAAUCUAUUAGAAGAACUUUAAUAGCACUUAAAUAUGGAGAAUCUUAAACUGGAGUAGAUUCAUCAAAUUCCAAAAAUUUUAUAACAAGAAAUUUUUAAUAAUACUAAGAUUAAUUAAAUGAAACUACAGAUAUAAAAGGACCUUCAGAUCAACAUUUAUUAGAAUAGAUUAUGGAAAUAAAUGACAUAUCAAAUACUAAAAAAUAAUAGGAUGAAUCAAAAGUAGUUUUUGAAAAUCCACAGAUUUCAAGGAUUGAAGAUCAAGAUUUCUAGUAAUUAGUUAAUGAAAUUGAAGAAAGUAAAAUAAUUGUUUAACAACCUGAAUAAGAGUAAUUUGAAGAUCCUAAAUAUGAUUCUGAAUUGAUAGAAAAAAAGUCUGAUAGUUCAAAAGAUUUAAAAUAAAAAAAAAAAAAUAAUAUAUUGGAUAUUUUAAGAAAAAAUAUUGCUAAUUAAGAAGUUUUAGAUCAUGAAAAUAAAUAAUCUUCUAAACCAAGUACAACAAAAACUUCUUCAUCAAAGUCUCCUUAUCUAUUAAUUAGAUCUCUAUAUUAACUUGGAGAAAUUAAUACAUAAAUUUGGCUUAUUAUCAUUGUAAAUAUUGUAGUUUGUUUGACAGCUUUAAUUUUGGUUUUCAUUAAAAAUUACAUUAUUUAAGGUAAUUAUUUCAGUUAUAAUUUAAGAUUAAUUUGGAAUUCUUUAAACUAAUUUAAAUUAUGUUCAAUAUCCAGAAAAAAUCAAUAACUACUUUUUAAAAACUUUAAUGUUUUCUUCUAACAUUCUUCAUUAAAAUUUAGGACUUGUAAAUUAUAGUUAAUUAGUGAACAAUGCUAUUAAAACUGAAUUUAGUAAUUUAGCAUUAAAUAUCGAAUACGAUUUAAAAAGUAUUUAUGAAGAUAUUAUUGCCUUUGAAAAUUAAGUAAUACCAUUAAAUGAUGAUCUCAAAAUAAUCAAUAAUUUAUAAGAGUUCGCCAUUAUAUUUGAUUUAACAAUAUUAUUAGAAUAAAUUUCAUCGAAUUCAAUUAAUUUAAAUUAGUAAAUCGAAAAUGAAUUAGAUGAAAAAUUCUUAUCAUUAAAUUUAUUUUUUAAGUUAAAUAUGGUCUAAGUAAUUACAGUAAGUAAAAGUUAUAUCAAUUAUUUAAAUGAAAAUUUAAUUUUUUAUGAGUAAUAAAUUGUUAAUGCUUUAAUUUAUAUUGUUGUGGCAGAGCUUUGUGUAAUAACAGCUUUUAUGUUUUUGAUAAUCAAAGUAUUAUAAGAUGUAAAUGAUUUAAUUAGAAAAAUAUUAAUUCUUAUAACAAAAUUAAGUGAAGAUGAUGUAAAUUAAAUUAAUAAGAUAUAUAAUGAACUAAAAAUUAUUUUAAAAGAUCCAAAAUAAGUUUUAUGGAAAUCAACUAAUUUUGUUAAAUACAUUUUUGAAUCAAACUUUGUAAAGGUAAAAUAGGAUAUAAAUUUUCUCUAAUCUUCUAUUGGAUCAAACCCUUCAAAUAAUAGCAAAUAGAAAUAAAAAAGGAGAUAUUAGAAUAGUUCCUUAACUUCAAGAGUGUAUAAUUUAAGAUUGCCUUAGAUUUGGAAUUAUGCAUUCUUAUUUUUAUCGUGGUUAUUUUUAGCUGGAUAUUUAUUGGGUGCAUUAGGAUUAUCUAUAUCAAUGGUUUAAUCGAUUAAACCAGCAAUAACAUUAAAUUUAUAAUUAAUAGAAUUUAAAUUAAAAUUCGAUUCUUUAAUAGUUUAUGGAGAAAUAUUGAAAACAGAUCAUUUGGUGAAUGAAAAAUUAAAUAAAAUUUUUCAAUUGUCUUAAAUUUAAUUUAAUUUAAGUGGGGUUUUAACAGAAUUUUUUUCUUUACAAGAAGGUUUUUAAGAUUAAUUAUCUGUAAUUUAUGAUUAAUUAGCAUCAAGCGCAUCCCUUUUAGAAGAAUAAAAAAACUCCUUAUUGAUUCCUUUUAGAAGUUCACUUUGUGAAAGUGAUCCUACUUUAGUUUCAUCUUGUACAUCUUCUUUAGAAUCAUCCUCUUCAGACAAUAGUUUGGAUUAUAUAUCUGGAGGAAUAGUUGAUAUGGUACAUGAAUUUUCUAAAACUUUGAAAACAUUCUGGUAGUCAAAUGAUUAUGCUAUAACUGAUUAUAAUCAAUUAGAAUCUUUUUUAUCUGGGUAAGUUCACACAACACAAUUUAUCCAUCAUUUUCUAUUUCAAGGAAAAAUUAUGGAAUAAAUUGCAAGUACUAUGCUAAGUUUAAAUAAAAGCACUUUAGACUCAGUUACUUAAAAGUUCCAGAUUUAUAUGUAUACUAUGGGAUUGACAUUGAUUAUCAUAUAUAUUAUAUGCUUUUACAAAUGGAUUUUAAGGUUAGAUAAUACAAUGUAUUUAACAAAAUUAGCUUUAACUUUAAUUCCUGCAGAUUCGUUGAAUGAAUAAAAGACAAUGACUGACUUAAAAAAUAUUUAAAAUGAUUGAGAAUCAUUAUUAUCUAUAUUCCAC